AUGAAUGGGUCAGAUCGAAAUUUGGCUUCUAGAGGAGAAAACGAGGUCUGUAAAGCGAGUACGGCCAGCUUUUUGGACGAUGCAGUUAGGGGUCUUAACCGGAAGCUUGCGUUUCGAUGGAGGCGGAAAAUUGUUUAUGAUGAAAAACCGUUCAAGGAAUCGGAGCCAGCAAGUCCAGAUGCAGUUUAUGAAAUGUAUUACGAGAAUGCGGAGACUCAUCUAAAUUUGACAAAGUUUAACUCCACUGCAUUUCUCCAGCCAGCUCGUGAGCAAUCAGGCAUCAUGUCAAUCUUGGUUGGCGUCUUCGUUGCAGUAGGCGGCUUCUUAUACGGUUACGACACUGGUCUCAUCAAUAACGUUUCUGAAAUGCAGUACGUCAAGGCUCACUUCGCGCAAAACCACGAACAAUUUACGGCUAGAGAAAUGUCCAUACUGGUGUCCUUUCUGUCUUUGGGCACAUUCGUAGGCGCGCUGGUCGCGCCUGUAACCUCUGAUGCUUACGGCCGCAAGACAACCGUGAUUUUCAGUACAUUCUUCAUCUUCAUGGUUGGCAAUUCAUUGCAAGUUGCUGCUAGCGGGAUGACUCUUUUGGUUCUGGGUAGAGUCUUUUCGGGGGUCGGGGUAGGAUUUAUAUCUGCUGUGGUUCCGUUAUAUCAAAGUGAAGCUGCCCAAAAACAAAUAAGGGGAGCCAUCAUCUGUACAUAUCAAUGGGCAAUCACUUGGGGUCUUUUAGUGUCCAGUGCCGUUUCUCAGGCGACACAUAAUCGAAAUGAUGCUUCGUCUUACAGAAUUCCAAUAGGGCUCCAGUACCUGUGGUCCUGCAUAUUGGGACUCGGGAUGAUUUUUUUGCCAGAAAGCCCACGGUACUACGUUCUUAAAGAUCAGCUCGACCUCGCUGCUAAGUCCUUGUCUUUCCUACGGGGCGUUCCGGAGGAUGAUACUGGCCUUCUCGAAGAAUUAGUCGAAAUCAAAGCAAACUAUGAUUACGAGAUGUCUUUUGGCUCCUUCACAUAUUUAGACUGCUUUCGGUCUAGCAAAGGGAGAACUAAACAAACCUUGAGGAUGUUUACUGGAAUAUCGAUACAGGCAUUUCAGCAGUUUUCAGGUAUAAACUUCAUUUUUUACUAUGGCGUGAAUUUCUUUAGUAAAACGGGGAUUGAAAAGAGUUACUUGGUGUCUCUGAUAACAUAUGCCGUGAAUGUAGGUUUCAAUGUUCCAGGACUCUUUUUGGUCGAGUAUAUGGGUAGACGCAAAGUUCUACUGCUUGGCGGGACCCUUAUGACAAUAGCCAACUUUAUAAUUGCCAUCGUUGGUUGCGUUGAAAAAUCAGUUGUUGCCGAUAAAGUUUUGAUAGCUUUUGUUUGUCUCUUCAUUGCAUCAUUCUCAGCUACAUGGGGCGGUUGUGUUUGGGCAAUUUCAGCCGAACUUUACCCACUAGGGAUCCGAUCCAAAAGCACUGCAAUUUGUGCCGCGGCCAACUGGCUAGUGAAUUUUAUCUGUGCGCUCAUAACACCGUAUUUGGUAGACACGGGAGCACAUACUUCUUCCCUAGGAACCAAAAUUUUUUUCAUCUGGGGAAGUUUGAAUGCAGUUGCCGUGGUUAUUGUAUAUCUGACGGUUUAUGAGACUCGCGGCUUGACUUUGGAGGAGAUCGAUCUUUUGUACCGACUCUCUCCUAAUAGCGUGGCGUCUCCUGCUUGGAAUAGCAAGAUAAGAAAUUCGCCUGGAUCGAUCCGGGAGAUCAGAAUCAGUCGCCAGAGGGAUGGGCGACAUGAGCACGAGCCACAUGUCUCGCAACCUAGUCGUUCCGAUUCCAGUUACGAAGACCCUAGCCCGUUGAAGCGCGUCGAAAGCGCAAACAACAACUACGUCGAUCUAGGCAAUGGGCUAGGCCUGAAUUCUUACAACAGGGGUCCACCCUCUGUAUUGAUGAACUCGUCAUCUUCCGAGGAGAGCGCGUGCGAAGGAGAGGAGCACGACGCUGCACAUGAGGAUCUUAAUGAUCAUAAUAAUUAUAGUGAGCAAAGCACAUCGGUGGGUUCGUCCCGUUCCCACCAAUAUAGUAUGGAUGCCACUAGUAACAUCAAUGACUACAUGGCCCAAUGGAUGCACAUCCAUGGCCAGAACAGCGCGGGCCGCAGUUAA